AUGUUCGCUUGCUCUAUGCUCAAAGUUGGAGGUAGUGAAGCAUUGGUUGCUAACGAGAACAGCGAUAAAAGCAUCAGCCCCGAUUUAGCAUCGUCGCCGAGUAAGAGACACCGUAUCGAUAUCACUGAUUCUACUGCGUCCGAUAAGUCCUCUAUUCAGCAGCAGCGGAUAGCUUCGUCCAGCAGCACGAGAUGGCUAUUGCUAAUUCCAACCGUUAGGAGAUCGAUGAAGAUCUACACAGCAGGCAGCUUCAUGUACGGACGUGAGAUGAUGAGGCGUCUCUUUGCUUCUAACGUGCUCAUCUUUGGGAUGAACGGCCUUGGAGCCGAGAUUGGUAUGCGUUUCUCGAUGAUGGUUUCUAGACUUACCGACGGUCCCAAAACCGAACUCGAUUUCUGGAAAACUCUGACGGUGGCGGGGGCUCAUACGAUCGGGCAUGUGGCAGCGACAGUGAGCAUGUCCAAAGUGGCAGUGUCCUUCACACACAUCAUCAAAAGUGGUGAACCAGCCUUCAGCAUCCUCGUCUCAAGUUUCUUCUUAGGCGACACAUUCCCUCUGCCUGUUUACCUUUCUCUCUUGCCAAUCAUCGGAGGCUGUGCUCUCGCUGCAGUCACCGAGCUCAACUUCAAUAUGAUCGGCAAAGCAGUGAGGAGAUGCGGUUUUCACAGGGGAGUUCGAUGCACCGAAAUUACUGAGAGCAGAGGACACGAUAAAAAGAACAUUCCUGUGAAGAUCUCAUGAGGGAUAUGUAAGCGUUGGAUCUGAGCAAAUGGAGUUGGAAGUCAACGGCUUAAGAUCUUGGCAUACUACUACGAUAUGUAUAAAAUAGUUUUUUUUACCUUCUUGCUGUAGGAUCCAAAGUUUAACUAAUUGAAUAAUCUAGCUAAAAGCUUAGACAAGAUCACUAGAUAUAUUAUAUUUUCUGGUUGUUAAUUUGUAACUUGAAGUCUACUUUGAAAUAAACGUAGGUAAUUUUUAC